UAGUUUUGUGUAUCACUAUCGCCUACAGAUGGACCCCUUCCAUCUUAGCAUUUCUGCUGACAAUCUGGAAGAUCUAGUUAUUAAUUGGGGAUUUUAUGGUUGCCAAAAGUUAAAUAUAUUUGCUCCGAAAGUUAGAUAUAUGAAAUGGACAGGGAAAUUGUUGAUUCACCAAAAUUUUGGUGAAUUUAAGCUUCUAGAACAAGCUGAGCUUUAUCUGAGACCUGGAGGGAAUGACUUUCUAUCUGAGUUUCUUAGCAGCAUAUGCAGGGUCCAAGCUCUUAUUAUGAAGGGAGAUACCUUAAAUACCAUAAAUGCUUUGUUCGAGAAAGGUUCCAUGACAGCACCUUUAGAUAAUGUUCGUCAACUGCAGCUUCAUGUUGGGUACUUCUGUGAUGACCUAGUCCCGGCCAUGGUCUCUCUUUUGAAAGGAUUGCCUAAUUUGAGUACAUUGAACAUAAAUACUGACCCAGUAGAAUACUGCCCUAGAACUAAUUCAUCCAGAUAUAAUGCGGCAUAUUGGAAAUUGCUAAACCUUGCUUUUGUUAAUAAACUUGAGGAGGUAAGCAUAGAGCUUCCUAAUGGGUCUAAUGGAAUCGAGUUAGCAUGGAAUAUACUAGAUUAUGCUCAGAGUUUGAAGAAAAUGGUGAUUGUUCAUUCACCCGAGCAAUCUUAUUUCGAAAGGAAGUUGCUAAAAAGAAAAAAGAUUUCCAAUGUCAGAGUUGUCUUUCAGGAAGAUCAAAGAAGAGGAAUUGCAGAGCAAAUUAGAAGAAGAAGAUUGUCAAAUAAAGGAUAACUAUG